GUUGCGUCGCCAGUGAAGAUGCGCCGCGGCGCCGGGUUCUUGUUUGCGGGUGUCGUCGUCAUGGCCAUGCAGGUGCCCGAGUUAAAUCAAGACGUCCUCAACACUCAUGUUGUCCCUGCGCCCAACGAAGUCGAGUUUGCGAAGCUGCUCGCCGAGAAGGACGUCGUGUUCGCCAAGUUUUAUGCGCCGUGGUGCGGCCACUGUAAAUCCCUUGGUCCUACGUGGAAGCAGCUGAGCGCGGCUUUCGCACGGAUGGACAACGCCGCUGUCGUCCACAUUGACUGCGACAAGCACCUAUCGCUGUGCAAUGCCCACGGCGUCGAAGGAUUUCCCACAUUGAAGCUGUUUCGCGGUCAACGAUAUGAGGAGUAUGAAGGACAGCGGUCGGUCGCUGCCAUGUCUGCCUUCAUCGUCCAGCGAGUCGAUGUCCCCAUCGAUCGCUUUGGCACGACUCCCAUGGCCCCUCCGCCAUCCCCCGUCCUGAACGCGCUCGUCGUCGUUGCCCUAACAUUCUUGGGCGGAUUCACCCUUUCCGUCUACGUGUUUUUCUUUCGCCCUGGCCGCAAAGCCAACCCCCCCGUCUUUUACUCGCAGCCAGACAACUCGACGGUUCGACCCGGCCAUGGUGCGGUGUACAAAGUCGGAUCCUUUCCAAGCCCGCAAGCGUCGCUGCUGGAGGUGCUUGAAGGCGCAGUGGCUUCGCAUGGUAACGAACACUUCCUUGGUCGCCGCCGCUUUGAUGCUGCGGGCCAUGCCGGACCGUACGUUUGGGAGACGUACGCCGGUAUCUACGACCGCAUUCGCAACUUGUCUGCGGGCCUGCAGCAUGAAAAGAUGAUCGAGCCAUGCCCCGGCGACGGUCGCCGCCUCUUGUGCAUUUACAUGAAGAACAGUCCGGAAUAUGUGGUGGCGCAGUACGCCGCGUUCUACGCCGGUGGCGCGUUCUGUGCGCUGUACGAUACGCUCGGGGCGUCCUCGACGGCAUUCAUCCUCCGCCAGACACAAGCGUCGACGGUGGUGUGCACCACAUCCGAGCUCCAAACGAUUGCCCACGUCAAAGCAAACGCGCCGACCCUUCGCCACAUUGUUGUGAGCGACGUGGAGGUCAAGGCCCAAGCCGACAUGGAACUGUGCACGCACGCAGGGCUGCAGCUCUGGACGGCGUUCGAGUUGGAGCAGCUUGGCGCGAAGCAUCCUCGCCCCGCGUCGUACCCCAACGUGUCGGCGCUCAGUUUUCUCAUGUACACGAGCGGCACGACCGGCGACCCGAAAGGUGUUGAAAUCACGCAUGCCAACAUUUUGGCGUGUGCCCAAGGAGCGAAAGAUCGAUUGAAUCGAGGCGACGGUGCCGUCUGCUUUACGCCACGCAGCACGCACUUGUCGUACCUGCCGAUGCCCCACAUCCUGGAGCAGAUCGUGCAGUCUGUCAUGAUCUCGGCCAAAGGCAGCAUUGGGUUUUAUCAAGGCAAUACGCUCAAGUUGACGGAAGACUUGGUCGAGCUCCGCCCGACGCACUUUGUGACCGUCCCGCGCCUCCUGAACAAGAUCUACGACAAAGUCGUGCACGCCGGAGAGUCGGCCGGCGGCGUCAAAGGCUGGCUAUUCAAGCGCGCGAUGCGAACCAAGCUGGCCAACCUGAAGCGCGGCUACCUGUCGCAUCCGCUCUACGACAAGCUCAUCUUUUCCAAGAUUCAAGCCAAGCUCGGUCUUGAUCGAUGCCGGUUUGUUUUGACGGGUUCGGCGCCCAUCUCGGACGACGUGAUGUCAUUCUUCCGCAUCCUACUCGACGCGACGAUCGCAGAAGGGUAUGGUCAGUCCGAGUGCACCGGUGCGGCCACCCUGACGGACCACGAAGACGUCGUGUGCGGCACGGUCGGCGCUCCCAUGAUCUCGUCGGAAAUCAAGCUCGUGUCGGUGCCAGACAUGGGGUACCUCGUGACAGACUCCGUGCACGGAGAUGGGACCAAGAUGCCGGUCAACGGCCGCGGCGAGAUUUGUUUCCGGGGGCCGACAGUCUUCUUGGGGUACUUCAAGGCCCCGGACAAGACGGCCGAAGCCAUCGACGCGGACGGGUGGCUCCAUUCCGGCGACAUUGGCAUUGUCGACCGGAAGAAAAACAUUUUUAAACUAAGCCAAGGCGAGUACGUCGCGCCGGAAAAGAUUGAAAACAUUUUGGUCACGAGCCCGUACGUGGCGCAGCCGUUUGUGUACGGCGACAGUUUGCAUGCGGUGUUGGUGGCGAUCAUCGUGCCCGAGGCUCAGCAGCUCAAGCAGUUGGCCGAGUCGUUGCACGUCACGGGGACCCUGGCCGAGUUGUGUUCGAACCCGAAGGUGGUCGAGGCUGUCCACCAGGACAUAGCGGCAGUGUCCAAGAAGGGUGCGCUGAGCGGAUUUGAGACGGUGCGGGCGAUUUACCUGCACCCGGAGCACUUCACGGUCGAGAACGACCUCCUCACGCCAACGUUCAAGCUCAAGCGGAACGACGCAAAGAAGCGCUUUUCCCACCACAUCGACGCCAUGUACGAAAAGGCUGGCGACCUUGUCGCAGGCAAGAACGUCAAACAAGGCGAUUAAAUCUGCGAAAAAUGGCUGCUUGGUAGAGUCGUUGUUGCGAACGCGCCGUCCUCUUACAGCAUGAUCCAGCAGGAGAGGGUUCCGAGUGUGCUUUACAGCGCUGCCACGCACGACUGCGAUGUCGGCGCGCUCGUGUUGACACGGAGUGGUCAUGGUAUUUCAUAAUGGACGUGCAACGUCAUGCGACCGCCAGGGAACGACUGUGGAGCAGCCUCCUUCUCCCAUGUUUCGACUUCGGGCACCACCAAGCUGUGCUUGGCGCCGCGCCGUCGUCCAACGGUGCCGCUCCCCCUCCGCCAUGUUGUCG